AUGGGUAUUAAUUCUUCUGAUAUUCAUUUAAUAAUACAUUGUAUGGGUCCUUUGAACAUGAUGAAUUUAGUUCAACAAAUUGGACGAGAAGAACAUGAUGGUAGUGAAUCCAGAAGUGUUAUAUUUUAUUCAAUAAAAAAAGAUUUAAGAACAAACUUUGUAAUCUUAGCUAAAAAUCGUGAAAUUCAUUAUUAUCUUUGGAAUGGGGAUAGUGUUCAUUCUCCUUGUUUGAAGUGUGAUAAUUGUAAAAAUCAGAUAAAAGAACUUCUAACUUGUGAAAAUUGCAUAGGAGAUAUUCUUUAUUUAUUAGAUAUUGUUGAGGAAAUGGGUAAUAGUAAUUGUGAAAUUACUGAAGAUGAUGUGGUAGAAAUUUUUUGUAAGUCAAAUACUAAAAAGAUUCGAGAGUCAGUGCGUAGUUAUGUAGAACAAAAAAUUUCACUUUAUUAUUCUUCACCAAAUGCGCAAAAUUUAUCAGCGAGUAUGUUUAUAGUACGACUUAUUGCUGAAGCAAAAAUGAGAGUUAUGGAAGAUUCAUGGUACUAUUGGGAUAAGUUGAGCCAAAUAAUACCAAUAAAUUGA